GUAAUGGGGACCGCCUCGUCGCUCGUGAGCCCUGCGGGCGGGGAGGUGAUCGAGGACACUUAUGGGGCGGGCGGCGGCGAGGCCUGCGAGAUCCCGGUAGAGGUGAAGCCCAAGGCCCGCCUGCUGCGCAGCUCGUUCCGCCGUGGCGCGGCAGCAGCGGCGGCGGGGGCAGGGCCCGGGUCGCUGCCCCGCGGGGCCACUGGCGGCGGGCUGCUGGGGGCUAGCUUUAAGUCUACCGGCUCGUCCGUGCCGGAGCUGGAGUACGCAGUGGCUGAGUACGAGCGGCUGAAGAAGGAAUACGAGAUCUUCCGGGUCAGCAAGAAUCAGGAGUUGUUGUCCAUGGGCCGCCGCGAGGCCAAGCUGGACACGGAGAACAAGCGCCUGCGGGCCGAGCUGCAGGCCCUUCAAAAAACUUAUCAGAAAAUACUUCGGGAAAAGGAAAGUGCUUUAGAAGCAAAAUACCAAGCAAUGGAGAGGGCAGCGACAUUUGAACAUGACAGAGAUAAAGUGAAAAGGCAAUUCAAGAUUUUUAGGGAGACCAAGGAAAAUGAAAUUCAGGACUUACUGAGGGCUAAGCGAGAGUUGGAGAGCAAACUUCAGAGGCUCCAGGCUCAGGGGAUUCAAGUAUUUGAUCCUGGAGAGUCUGAUUCAGAUGACAACUGUACAGAUGUUACUGCUGCUGGAACCCAGUGUGAAUAUUGGACCGGAGGAGCCUUGGGAAGUGAACCUUCCAUAGGGAGUAUGAUCCAGCUUCAGCAGUCCUUCAGGGGCCCUGAGUUUGCCCAUAGUUCUAUAGAUGUGGAAGGACCCUUUGCAAAUGUCAACAGAGAUGACUGGGAUAUUGCUGUAGCUAGUUUAUUACAAGUUACUCCCUUGUUUUCACACUCUCUGUGGAGUAACACUGUCAGAUGUUACCUCAUUUAUACAGAUGAAACCCAGCCUGAAAUGGAUCUUUUCCUUAAGGACUACUCACCUAAACUUAAAAGAAUGUGUGAGACAAUGGGAUGUUUUUUCCAUGCUAUAUAUUUUCCAGUAGAUAUUGAAAAUCAGUACCUUGCUGUAAGAAAAUGGGAAAUUGAGAAGAGUUCAUUAGUUAUUUUAUUCAUUCAUUUAACUUUACCAAGCCUGUUAUUGGAAGACUGUGAAGAAGCUUUUCUGAAAAACCCUGAAGGCAAACCACGAUUAAUUUAUCAUCGCUUGGAGGAUGGGAAAGUCAGUUCCAACUCCGUCCAGCAAUUGAUUGAUCAAGUUUCUAACCUGAACAAGACCAACAAAGCCAAGAUCAUUGAUCACUCUGGAGAUCCUACAGAAGGAGUAUAUAAAACUUAUAUUUAUGUGGAAAAGAUUAUUAAACAGGACAUCCUGGGCUCUGAGAACACAGACCUGGAGACUAAGGAUUUGAGCAGUGAAGAUUCUGUUCCAGAAGAUGAUGAUUUUGGUGAUGUUUUGUGGGACAUACAUGAUGAACAAGAGCAAAUGGAAACUUUUCAACAGGCUACAAAUUCAGCCCAUGAGUUGGGAUUUGAGAAGUAUUACCAACGCCUUAACGAUCUAGUGGCGGCCCCAGCACCAAUUCCACCUCUUCUUGUAUCUGGAGGACCAGGUUCUGGAAAGUCCCUUCUCUUAUCAAAGUGGAUUCAGUUACAACAGAAGAAUUCCCCUAACACGCUAAUUCUUUCUCAUUUUGUGGGAAGGCCCAUGUCAACCAGCUCCGAGUCCUCCUUGAUUAUUAAACGACUAACUCUAAAGUUGAUGCAGCACUCUUGGUCAGUAUCUGCUCUGACAUUGGAUCCAGCUAAGCUUCUGGAAGAAUUUCCACGCUGGCUAGAAAAACUCUCUGCCCGUCAUCAAGGCAGCAUCAUCAUCAUUAUUGAUUCUAUAGAUCAAGUUCAGCAAGUUGAAAAACACAUGAAAUGGCUGAUAGAUCCACUGCCAGUGAAUGUAAGAGUAAUUGUUUCUGUGAAUGUAGAAACAUGCCCUCCAGCGUGGAGGUUGUGGCCUACACUUCAUCUUGAUCCUUUAAAUCCAAAAGAUGCAAAAUCUAUUAUAAUUGCAGAGUGCCACUCUGUGGGCAUUAAGCUGAGUAAAGAGCAGGAGAAGAAGCUAGAACGACACUGUCGUUCUGCUACGACCUGCAAUGCCCUUUAUGUCACCCUUUUCGGCAAAAUGAUCUCACGUGCUGGGAGAGCAGGCAAUUUAGAUAAAAUCCUUCAUCAGUGUUUCCAGUGUCAAGAUACUAUUUCAUUAUAUAGACUUGCUCUGCGAUCUAUCCAGGAGUCCAUGGCAAAUGAUAUGGAUAAAGAACUAAUGAAACAGAUUCUCUGCCUCAUAAAUGUUAGUCACAAUGGCGUGAGUGAAUCAGAACUGAUGGAACUCUACCCUGAGCUGUCCUGGGCUGUCUUGACCUCCCUUGUUCACAGUUUACACAAAAUGUGCUUAUUGACUUAUGGUUGUGGCUUGCUCAAGUUUCAACAUCUACAGGCUUGGGAAACAGUAAGACUGGAAUACAUGGAAGGUCCCACCAUUAUUCCUUCAUGUAGGCAAAAGCUAAUCAACUAUUUCACCAUGCAGCUAAGUCAGGACCGAGUGACUUGGAGAAGUGCAGAUGAGCUCCCUUGGCUUUUUCAGCAGCAGGGAAGUAAACAGAAGUUGCAGGAUUGCCUUCUCAAUCUCUUUGUGUCUCAGAACCUUUAUAAAAGAGGACACUUUGCCGAGUUGCUGAGUUACUGGCAGUUUGUUGGCAAAGACAAAAGCGCAAUGGCAGCAGAAUACUUUGAUUCCUUGAAGCAGUAUGAGAAAACCUGUGAAGGCGAGGAGAACAUGAUUUGCUUGGCUGAUCUUUAUGAAACCCUGGGGCGAUUUCUCAAGGAUCUAGGCCUCCUCAGUCAGGCUGUGGUGCCUUUGCAGAGGUCCCUAGAAAUUCGAGAAACAGCUUUAGAUCCCGAUCACCCAAGAGUGGCUCAGUCCCUCCACCAAUUAGCAAGUGUGUACGUGCAGUGGAAGAAGUUUGGCAAUGCAGAACAGCUGUAUAAACAGGCCUUAGAAAUCUCUGAAAAUGCUUAUGGUGCAGAACAUCCGCAUAUUGCUCGUGAACUUGAGGCACUGGCAACUUUGUACCAGAAACAAAAUAAAUAUGAGCAAGCUGAACAUUUUAGGAAAAAAUCCUUUAAAAUUCGUCAGAAGGUUACAAGGAGAAAAGGCAACUCGUAUGGAUUCGCCCUCUUACGUAGACGAGCCCUGCAGUUAGAAGAGCUCACGCUAGGAAACGACACACCUGACAAUGCUCGGACCCUCAAUGAGCUGGGCGUUCUCUACUAUCUUCAGAAUAACCUGGAAACAGCUGACCAGUUUCUGAAGCGGUCCUUAGAAAUGAGAGAGCGAGUCCUAGGACCAGAUCACCCCGACUGUGCCCAGUCUUUAAAUAAUCUGGCGGCUCUAUGCAAUGAAAAGAAACAGUAUGAUAAAGCAGAAGAACUUUAUGAAAGAGCUUUAGACAUUCGGAGACGAGCAUUAGCUCCUGAUCACCCUUCUUUGGCCUAUACAGUGAAACAUCUUGCAAUCUUGUAUAAGAAAAUGGGGAAACUUGACAAAGCUGUACCUUUGUAUGAGCUGGCUGUUGAAAUUCGGCAGAAAUCCUUUGGCCCAAAGCACCCCAGUGUAGCUACUGCCCUGGUGAACUUAGCUGUUCUCUAUAGCCAAAUGAAAAAACACAUUGAAGCCUUGCCAUUAUAUGAAAGAGCAUUAAAGAUUUAUGAGGACAGCCUGGGUCGGAUGCAUCCUCGAGUUGGAGAAACAUUAAAAAAUUUAGCCGUGCUUAGCUAUGAAGAAGGGGAUUUUGAAAAAGCUGCUGAACUAUACAAAAGGGCGAUGGAAAUAAAAGAAGCAGAAACGUCACUUUUGGGUGGAAAAGCUCCUUCCCGACACUCCUCAAGUGGAGACACGUUUAGCUUAAAAACAACCCAUUCUCCUAAUGUUUUCCUUCAAGGACAGAGGUAAUAGCAAUUACAAUUCAUUGCAAAUGCACCUUAGGAUAAAAUAAUUAAGAAAUAUUUGGAACCUAAGAAUUUAAAACAAAAAAAUGUUGAGUUUAUUUUUAUUUUGUGUGAUUUAACUGCCAUGUGCCUAAAAUUGCAUAGGACUACGUUCAAGUUUGAGUCAUGAUUGUGUCAGUGUUAGCUGCUUAAAAGAAUUAACUUUCUUAAUGUGUGGGAUCCAUGGAUGCGGACACAUUAGAACCCUAAAAUGACAUGAAGAAUUGAUCAUGAAGAGUGGCUGUUCUCUGUUCAAGAAGAGCUGGCACAGCUGUGAAGACAAGGAGUUCAAUUCCAUAAUUCUUUAAUCUCUCAAGAGCUACCCUGGCCUCACCAUUCCUGCUUGUGCUUUUCAGCAGUAGCCUGGCCCAAAUCUCUACCUCAAAGAAAAGUUUCAAGAAAUAAAGGGAUAAUGUUCAUGGAAGGUUUUAAUUAUUUUCUGUAAAAUGAACUAGUAACAGUUGUCUCUGACUGCUACAUUUUUUAAAAAAGUCUACCUUUUCCAUGAGCAGACUGGGCCAAGCCCUCUGCUUUCUGCUCUCUCUACAUUGUUCUGUUGUGUUCUGUGUAUCUCCAUAAUCUGAAGUUUUUAAUGCAGUAAGUCAAGCUCUUAGCAUUCUUUGACCUUCCCCAAAAUAGGGACAUGACAGUCUCCUCUUCUUUCUUAAAUGGCCUAAAUCUAUCUCUUCAUUUAUCUCAAACUCAGAUUAGUCUAUUUUAUAUUGAAAAUGAAAUAUGUUUUACAGGUUUUAUAAAAGUUGUCACAUUUUGGU